AUGAUUAGAAAACAAACUAAAACAUCAAAAGAUGAAAGUGUAGAGAUUGUAAAUGAGGAAGAAGAAAUUUCGAUUGCCGAUCUCAUGCACAAACAUGACACAAAUGGCAAGAAAUGGUAA